AUGGCGGAAAUUCCAUCUACCGAAGGUGAAGUAGAUUUUCACGUCGAAGGAGCUGGAAAACAAUGUAAAAAGUGGUACAAAAUCUUCGGGGAAUUCCCGUCUCCUAUGGGGAUUCCACCCCUAAUAGUCCUUCACGGUGGCCCAGGCGUUCCGCAUAACACUCUCCUUCCCCUUAAACACCUCGUCACAACCAACAACGUCCCCGUAAUUCUCUAUAACCAAAUAGGCUGCGGCCAAUCUACUCAUUUGCCCGAGAAGAGAGGUGAUGAAUUUUUCUGGACUGUAGAUCUCUUUUUAAACGAGCUAGAGAAUCUUCUCAAAUAUCUUGGAAUUACGGGGGAAUAUGACCUGGAUGGACACAGUGCCGGAGGAGUUUUAGCGUCUGAAUGGGAAGUGAGAAGACCGAAGGGGCUGAGGAGACUGGUGCUGUCGAGUACACUAGCUACUAAGCCCCUUCUCAUGGAAACUAUGAUAAAACUCCGCUCGGAGCUUCCCAAAGAAACUCAGGAUAUAUUGAUCAAGCACGAAGAUGAUGGCACACUUGAUAGCCCAGAGUACCAGCAAGCGAAUAUGCUCUUCGCCAGCAAACAUAUGCUCCGAAUCACCCCCCUGCCGGAGGAGUUCCUAGCUUCAAUGAAGGCCUUAAAGGAAGACAACACUGUGAACUUCACCAUGUAA